AUGCAAUUAAAAAUGGUUGCUGAAUUUUGUGACAAUGACACUGAUAUUUUAAAUUUUCUUUUACUAAAAUUAUCCAGGCUGGAUCCUGACAUUGGUUCCACUUAUAACUUUCCAAUAUCAAAUAAAGAUAGUGAAUGUUUUAUUUUUGAAGAUUUUAUAAUGCGCUGUCUUAAUUCUGUUGAUCCAAGUUUUUUUGACAAUAAACUUCUAUAUGAUGCCAGUAGGUUCUAUUUAAAAGAUCUAAAAUCCAUUCCUAAGGAUCAACAAAUAGAAAUUCAUACACAUAAAUUUUUACAAAUUUGGGCACAUGUUACAGAAUAUUAUGAAGAUAAAUUAAAAAGAGAUUUAACAAAGAUGGCUGAUUGUUGUAUAAAUGUAUCAAAACUUUUUGAUAACAAAGAUUACAAUGAAAUGGUUAAAGUACUUUUUAUAAUAUUAAAUUUAGCUGUUCAAAGUUCAAGUAAUUUUUCUUUUCUAACCAAAGAUAUACCACUUAGUCAUGAGGAUGUAUUUCAAAAAUGGCUUCAAUGUCUCUUUGCAAUGCCUAAAUUUGAAAAUUUACAGGAAGAUGGAAAUGAUCAAAUGAAUGGUAAUACCUUUAAAGUUAAACCAAUUGAUUUGGAAUCUGAUACUCAAAGAAUAAAAAGACAUUACAAUUAUAUUGAGAAACAAUGUUAUAGCUUGUCAAAAAGUAAUAUGGAACUUGAAAAUAAAUUUAAAGAAUUGUAUGCUAUUAAAGAUGAGAAUAAAAAGUUAAGUGAAAUGAAUUCUGAUCUUACUCGUCAAUGUGAUUGGGAAAAAAGGAAAAGGAUAGAAGCUGAAAAAAAUUAUAAAGCUAUUAUUGAUGAGUCUGAGGAUGAUUCACAAAAAAUUAAAAAACUUGAGAAUGAGGUUAAAUUACUACAAGGAAAGGUUAUGGAAAAAGAUGUUGAGUUGGAAAAUUAUAAAAAUACCAUUGCUGAUUUACGUUUUGAAAUUUGCCAUUAUAAAAAAAUUUGUGAUGAAAGUAUAACUGAUGGUGCUGUUAAUUCAAGUAAUUUAAAUGAUAGUAAAACUCAAUUAUCAGGAGGUGAGAGACUUUCUGAUAGUGUCUUGAAAGGUGUAUCAUCAUUAUUAGCUAAUAAAGAAAAUGAACAACCACAUUCAUCUAUGAUAAAUGCAUUUCAAUCACCAACAACAAUCAGGCAAAAAGAUGCUAUAAAUUUUAUAACAAAUGUAACGGAGGAACAAUCAAAAUUGGAAGAUGAUUUACAAAGAUCUAACAGUAGAAUUAAUGAAUAUGAAAUAAGAGUAGGAAAUUUGAAACGUGAUUUAGCAUUAAGAGAUAAAGAAAUGGCUCGGUCACAAGAUUUAAUUGUAAAUCUUGAGAAACAAUUAGAAGAGAUAACAUUAGAAAAGGAUAGAUUAGUUAAUGGAAAAAAUCAACUAGAAGAGGAACACAAAAAGUGCGAAGAUAUUAAAAUAAAAUUAGAAAAGGAGAAGAAUAAAUUAUGUAAAAAAUUAGAGAAAGCUCUACAUGAAAAAGAACAAAUACCUACAAAAUUAAAUGAAUUAAAUGAAACAUUAAAUGAAAUAGCAACAAAAGUUAAGAGUGAAAGUAUAAUAUAUGAGGAACCUGAUGCUUCAACAGGAAGACUUGUAACGCAAAAUAAUUUUAUCUUGAAAACUUUAAUUACCAUUCUAUUCAUUCUCAUAUUCUUCCCGAUUACUCUUGUAUAUACGUGCAGAUUAUAUAACUUGCCAUUGUUUGAAGUAUUCACAUCUGGAGCAUACUUCUCUUCUUCUAGAUUUAGAUAA